GCAAUAGAAGCAAACAAGUCCAGCUGGCCCGCCCUUUUUGAACCUUUCGCCUUCUUCGAAGCAUACAAAAACUAUCUCCAGAUAGACAUAGCCACAGAAAAUGACGAGGACAUGAUGAACUGGAAAGGCUGGGUCGAGUCCAGAAUACGAUUACUCACAUUAAAGCGCUACACCCUCAGCCCUAUCUUCGAUCCUAAGCUCUGCCUCCACACACUCUCACUCCUCCGCCCCAGAAACAAACCCAAACCCAAGCAGAAUCUCAACCCCACGCCCGCCAACUGGAACACCACCCACACCUUCGUCCUCUCCAACCCCAUUCUCCUCCUCCUCGAGACCAAAUGCCGAUCCAUGCCCCACCUCAUGCAGAUCCACGCCCGCAUGACUGUCGCCAGACUCUCCUCCAACCCGCUCGCCCACAGCCGCCUCGUCGCUUUCUGUGCCCUCUCCCCCACCGGCAAUCUCAAUUACUCCAAACGAUUGUUGAUUUCUACCAACAACCAUAACACGUUUUUGUGGAACAUUGUCAUUAGAGCCGCCUGCGACGGCCAUAAUCCGGCCCAAGCUUUUCUCCUCUACAAACAGAUGUUGGGUGUUGGUAAUUAUUUUAGAUCUAGGCCCAAUAACUACACUUACCCUUUACUCUUCAAGACCUGCGCCAGGCUGUUGCUUUUCGAUGUGGGUCGUCAGGUUCUCGUCCAUGUACUCAGACUGGGCUUCGAACGCGAUGUAUUCGUGCGUAAUUCCCUGAUUCAUUUUCUCGUCACCUGUGGUGAGUUAGAUGCUGCGGGUGAAGUGUUCGAUGAAAGUCCCGUGAGAGACCUGGCUUCCUGGAACUCUCUGAUUAAUGGCUACGUGAGGUGCGGGAAAGUGAAAAAAGCUCUGGGGAUUUACAAAAAAAUGGAGAUGGAGGGGAAAAUCGAACCGGACGAGGUCACCCUGAUUGGAGUUCUCAUGGCGUGUGCACAGUUGGAGGAAUCCAAACGCGGCCGAGAAUUUCAUAACUACAUAAAACACAAAGGGCUGAAAAUGACGGUCCCGCUCGCGAAUUCCCUCCUCGACAUGUACGUGAAGUGUGGAGAUCUCGAAGAAGCAAAGAAUUUGUUCGAGAAAAUGGAGGAGGAGAAGAAGACUACGGUGACCUGGACAACAAUGGUAACGAAUAUGCCAAAUCCGGACACAUAG